AUGGCCGAAAAUCAUCACAGUGUGGCAGAUAUGGUGUUUGCUGCCGACCAAGCUUCGGAUGAGAAUAUGGCUCUUAAGCUUACCAAACACCCGAACACUGGAGUACCAAAGAUUUACUUCAACCCCGAAGUCGACGUCUUACACUUUGGUCCACUAAAAGGUUUCAUGGCGGCAUCCGCACAGUACUUUACAGCCAUGUCUUUGUGCGAUGCGUCAGACCUGAUGGACGUCCGCUACUUGGCCAUCGACGAUUCCGUUUUCGGAAACGGACUCGACAGGGGCUUCGUCUCUGACCUGGUUACGCGUACCAUUCGUCAACUUCCACGGCGUAUGCCGGGGCUGAAGGGAAUUGUGUUUGUGCGCAGUAAAGCUGUGUCCGUGUUUCGAGAGACUGAGAAUUAUUGCAGAGACCUUCAGGCGCUGAUUGGGGCUGCAAUACGGGAAGUUGCCGACGAAUUUCCAGACUGGAACGUUCCAUCGUGGUGUACGGCAACGACAUCAUCGCCCGGCGGAUUGACCCCCGCCACUUCGACCUCAACUCCAGAACAACCGUCCUUCGUCCAAUCACGGAAUCACAGAAACAUGAGCAACACUCAACGCGAGUAUCGAAGACUGACCGAAGACGAGGAGAAUGCGCUAAGCCGCCUAUACCCAGCAGUCAAACAGGAGCUUCGCGAACGGCCAGGGGUGUACAUGUUUCAAGACGGCCAAAAUAUCGUCAUCGAACUAGAAGAGGACAUUUCAAUACCGCAGCAAACUUUCAUCAGAAUAGUCGCCGAGUACAAAAGACUGAAGACGGCCCAACACAGCGGCGGUCCUCGGCCAAGACGGGCGAAUUCUCAGUCAUCUCCCCUCAGUUCACAAAACGAUGCAACACGAGAGACAGGCAAGGAAUGA